GUUCAGUAAUGCAAUUCCAAAACAAGUAACAUUAGCAGGACAGGAGAAGCUUUAAAGCUGGAUAUUUGAAGAAGGCCGCUUAUUUCAGAAAUUAAAAUUAUGUUGAUUUGAAUAAACAACGUACCAACAAUAAGUCUGUGCAAUUGGAGAUACUGUACAUUGGUAUUGAUAUCUUUAUCUUCGUACAUUACGUAGGAAACGCUGAAGAAGAUGGAAGUUGAAUGUCUAUCUUUGAGAGAUCUCAUAAGCCCAAAGAAGAGCAAAGCAGACAUAGAGGAUGUUGGAGGCAGAAAUGAUCAGAAGGAGAACAGAUGUGUGGAGCGAAGAAGAACCACCCCUCACAAGAUGGACACCACGGCCACCAUGCUGCUGUAUGGCAGUAAGGCUCCCACCCCGGAACACCUCCACGGCACCCCUGUUAAGCCUUCUGAGCGGGGGGCACCCCCCCACGCGGACCCCUGGACCCCCACGGCCAACCUCAGGAUGCUCAUCAGUGCUGCCAGCCCUGACAUCCGCGACAGAGAGAUGAAGAAGGUGCUGUUUAGGCCCAUUGAGAAUGAGAGAGCAUUGGAGGAUGUCGAGGUGGAUGGCACGUGCCAGUUUGAUGUGGUGGACGAGGAGGAGGAAGAGGGAGGGGAGACAAAGCCCAGCAGGAAGCAGAAGAGCCUGGGUCUGCUGUGCCAGAAGUUCCUGGCCCUGUAUCCGGACUAUCCAACCUCUGACACCAUCAGCAUCUCAUUGGACGAGGUGUCUACCAGCCUGGGAGUGGAGCGGCGGCGGAUCUACGACAUCGUAAACGUCCUGGAGUCUCUGAUGAUCGUGGGGCGCGUGGCUAAGAACCAAUACGUGUGGUACGGGCGCCGGCAUCUGGGGUCCACCCUGGCCGAGCUGCAGGGGAUGGGCAGGCAGCAGCGCUACCACCUGCACAUGGAGCAGGCCGGGGAGGGCGGUCACAGAGAGGGAGCCACCACACACACCCCAGAGGAGGGAGGUGAAGCAGACUCCAGCUGUGCGGCCGCCAGCACGAGGAAAGACAAGUCCCUACGCAUCAUGAGUCAGAAGUUUGUCAUGCUCUUCCUGGUGUCCAGGACCCAGACGGUCACUCUGGACGUGGCCGCCAAGAUCCUCAUCGAGGAAAGCCAGGACCCCGCCAGCCACAGCAAGUACAAAACUAAGGUGCGGCGGCUUUAUGACAUCGCCAACGUCCUGACGAGUCUGGGAUUGAUCAAGAAGGUCCACGUCCGGGAGGAGAGGGGGAGGAAGCCUGCCUUCAAAUGGAUCGGCCCGGCAGACUUCCACCCCAGCCAUGAGGACUCGGAGGCUGUGGAGGCCAUUGCUCUUCCAGGCGGCAGGAAACAGAAGCUGGCACGCCACGCCUCCUUCAGCGUGGUGCCCACCUCCGUGGCCAGCCAACGCCUCGUCAACUCGGCCCCC